UGACAGGCCUGGAGCAGAUGUUGAUCAACUGCUCCAAGACUCUCCCAACAAACCUGACCCUGCUCCACCUGGUGAACCCCACUCAGGAGACCUACUAUGACCCCAGCAUGCCCCCUGUUACAAAAGGCCUAGUCCUCCACUGUAAGCCCAUCACAGAACGCAUCCUUAAAGCCUUCAGAGACCAGAAUAAGUACAAGUUCGAGAUCAUGGGAGAGGAGGAGAUAGCGUUCAAGAUGGUGCGGACCAACGUGUCGCAUGUGGUCGGCCAGUUAGACGACAUCAGGAAGAAUCCGAGGAAGUUCAUCUGCCUCAACGACAACAUCGACCACAGCCAUAAAGACGCUGCCACAGUGAAAGCUGUGCUCAGAGACUUUUACGAAUCCAUGUUCCCGCUGGCGUCCCAGUUUGAGCUGCCCAGGGAAUAUCGCAACAGGUUCCUGCACAUGGACGAGCUCCAGGAGUGGCGGGUUUAUCGAGACAAGCUGAAGUUCUGGACGCACUGUGUCCUCGUGACGCUCGUCAUCUUCACUGUCAUGUCCUUCUUCGCUGAACAGCUCAUUCUGCUGAAGCGAAAGCUGUUCCCCAGACGCAGAGUGAACCAGGACAUCAACCCCGAGCGGGUGUGAUAGAGGGAGACCUCCCUCUCCUCCUCCUUUCUGCACUUCCACCUCCGCCCCUCUCUCCUCCCCGCUCAGUCGGGUGGAUCCAGACGAGGAGUGGAAACAGGAACCCGACGUCCUCGAUGCUUGUGUUUCAUCAGCAUGGACGGACAUCAGAGACUCACACGUGAGAUGAGACCUUUUUUUUUUUUCCCAGAAGAUGAUGGACAGGGCUGGUCGAUGACCGGCAGAAGAAGCCUGUGCUCGUCCACUGGGGGCGUCAGAGACUUUCAUACACAAACAAAUAAACCAGAACAAGCUCCCCUCUCUACUGCACCACUCCUCAUGUCCCGUCCUCUGUCACUGAUCGAUGUGUUGGAAUGUCAAAAACUUGAUCGGGCCGCGUGUGUGCACCACCACUGCAACUAUUUCAAAUAUAUAUAUUAAUCAAACAUGCCAAAAAUAACGGUGCUCGUUAAAACUUUGAUUUUCUGCGUUCUCCUGUUAAAUCAUCACAAAUCGAGUAACUUGAUGGUACGGACAGUUUUUUUUAAAUAAAUCUAAACAUAUGAAGAUGUCACUUUGACACCCUGUUUUCAAUUUUAUAGACAAGAUGAUGAAUUGAUUAAAGUUAGGGUUGGUAAGUUGUUUCUUUUUCUCACCUUUUAUCUAAUUAUUUAUCUUAUUCAUUGAAAUCCUCGUCCCGUCCAGACAGCCAUCAAAUAUUAAGUGGUCUGAUGAAAAUCCCAGCCUGCACGUUAGGGAGCGAGUCACGACUCUGAGUUCAUGUGUUUUGGGGGAAUAGCUUUGACCAGAGGGCUGAGAGGAAGCUUUGGGUGUAGCCUGCUCUUGCUGGACCUUUUCCAGGAUUACCAACCCUAGCUUUAAUUCAGAAAUAGUCUGCAGAUGAAUAAGAUUCUUAAUUUGUGUUUGGUUGUGUUUGGUGUUUACCUCUAUGGCUUUAUUUUAAAGGAAAGGAGCGUUGAGUACAUGUAGGACAAAUAGGAAUAAUUCUUUUAUGUGUCGUUUUUGUCCGUUGUCGUAAAAACCAUGAAAACUUGAAGUGCCUUCUUUGUUCACUCCUGCUCUCUUUGAACAUUUGUUUUUUUAAACGUCUUCUUCUAAACGUAGACUCGUGCACAUCACACCCUAACUUAGUGAUUUACAAUGAGAAUGAAGGGGAUAGAGGAUAAUAUAAUUAUCAUUCAUUCUGUGGUACCAAUGCAUCUGAUUGUCGGAGCUACGUGAUGCUGCAACUGUCAUGGCCGCCUGCACGUGUGUCCCCGUGGGACUCGACAGGAUCGCUGCUGUCUGAAAUUCAGACGCCCUCAGCAUGUUCUGACUUAUUUUCAUUGUAAUCGUGAGACAAGUGACUUGAUGUGGUUUGAUGUGAAUGCUGCAGAAUGAAAACAUGCCCGUCACCUCUUCAAGAUAUUUUCCUCUGAAUGUCACUUUUACUAACUUCUUUACUUUAAUAAUGUCAAACCGACACGGACUUGACUAAGGAUGUUGUCAGCAUGUUGCGUCACCGGGCGAGACGAUGAUUCAUGUGUUCGGAAAUGUGUUUACCUCAGAUUGCAUCAGUUGAAUGGUUCCUCUGACUGAAAUAAACGUCUGGUUCAGUCUUCUGGUUGCUUGUGA